CUCUGCCUGCGGCCGCGGCCUAGCGCUCCCGUUCCCUCUCUCCCGUCCCUUUAUUCGCUCAUGUCCGUCUGUCCGAACCCGAACCGAGCGGGACCCGCUACCGUAUGACGGGGUAAAUACGGGACUGUCGAUUUAAACUGAGAUUUGACCCCGAAAGUAAGUGAAAUUACAGUAAACAGAGUGAGGAAGCGAUGACAUCCCGGAGGUGGUUCCAUCCCAACAUUACCGGAGUGGAGGCUGAGAACCUUCUACUCACUCGUGGUGUAGACGGCAGUUUUCUGGCCCGUCCUAGCAAAAGCAACCCUGGAGACUUCACGCUCUCUGUCAGGCGAAACGGCGCUGUCACCCACAUUAAGAUCCAGAACACGGGAGACUAUUAUGACUUGUACGGGGGAGAGAAGUUUGCCACGCUAGCUGAGCUGGUGCAGUAUUACAUGGAACACCACGGACAACUGAAAGAGAAAAAUGGAGAUGUCAUUGAACUCAAGUAUCCGCUCAACUGUGCCGAUCCCACUUCAGAGAGGUGGUUUCAUGGUCACCUGUCUGGUCGUGAGGCUGAGAAGCUGUUGACGGAGAAGGGCAAAAACGGAAGUUUCCUGGUAAGAGAAAGUCAGAGUCACCCGGGUGAUUUUGUGCUGUCGGUACGGACUGGCGACGACAAGAUGGACAGCAGUGACAGCAAACCCAAAGUCACCCACGUCAUGAUACGCUGCCAGCAUGAUCUGAAGUAUGAUGUUGGUGGUGGAGAGAAAUUCGACUCUCUCACAGAUCUGGUGGAACACUACAAGAAAAAUCCCAUGGUGGAAACGCUGGGUACAGUCCUGCAGCUCAAACAGCCUCUGAACACGACCCGCAUCAACGCUGCAGAGAUCGAGAGCCGGGUGCGAGAACUCAGCAAGUUGGCAGAGGCCACCGAUAAGGUCAAACAAGGCUUUUGGGAAGAGUUUGAGACGCUUCAGCAGCAGGAGUGUAAACUGCUCUACAGUCGCAAAGAGGGACAACGGGCAGAAAACAAGAACAAGAACCGAUAUAAGAACAUUCUACCCUUCGACCACACGCGAGUUAUAGUGGACGACGGUGACGCAAACGAGCCAGGAUCCGACUACAUCAACGCCAACCUCAUCGUGCCUGACAUUGAGGCCAAGUGCAACAAUUCAAAGUUCAAGCGGAGCUACAUCGCCACACAGGGCUGCCUGCAGAACACCAUCAGCGACUUCUGGAGAAUGGUGUUCCAGGAGAACUCUCGAGUCAUCGUCAUGACAACAAAAGAAGUGGAACGGGGAAAGAGUAAGUGUGUGAAAUAUUGGCCUGACGUGUCCGCGCUGAAAGAGUAUGGAGCCAUGCGUGUACGGAACGUUAAGGAGACGUUGGCACAUGAUUACAUACUACGAGAGCUGAAGCUGUCAAAAGUUGGACAGGGAAAUACUGAGCGUACAGUGUGGCAGUAUCAUUUCCGCGCCUGGCCCGAUCACGGUGUGCCCGCAGACCCCGGCGGAGUGCUGGACUUCCUGGAAGAAGUAAAAAUGAAGCAGGAGAGCAUAACAGGGGCUGGACCCAUCGUGGUGCAUUGCAGUGCCGGAAUUGGACGAACAGGAACGUUUAUCGUGAUUGACAUCUUAAUUGAUAUCAUCAGAGAAAAGGGAGUGGACUGUGACAUCGACGUGCCCAAAACUAUCCAGAUGGUUCGAUCUCAGCGUUCAGGAAUGGUACAGACAGAGGCGCAGUAUAGAUUCAUCUAUAUGGCCGUGCAACAUUAUAUUGAGACACUGCAGCGCCGCAUAGAGGAGGAACAGAAAAGUAAAAUUAAAGGACGCGAGUAUACCAACAUCAAAUAUUCUUUGUCUGACCUCACUGGAGGAGACCAGAGCCCUCUGCCGCCCUGCACGCCAACGGCAACCUGUGCUGAUGUGCGUGACGACAACUCUCGUGUGUAUGAGAAUGUGGGACUAAUGCAGCAGCAGAAGAGUCACAGAUGAGAUUCAGAUUCCAGCACUGUUUAAAACACGGGAAGUGUUUUUGUUGUUGCCAGCCGCUCCUGAACGCCUCAGAUGUGACCAUGAAUAUACGGAGAGAUGACACAAAAAAGACAAAAAAAAAAAAGUCUAGCGAGCGGUCCACACGAGCUCAGAGACAUCUGGAUGGAGUGAAUUGGAU